CCUUCCCGACGCGUUGAACCAAUCACAUCCUUCGGUGCCGUUCAGCGGGAGAAAACGGAAACGAGUCCGGAGUUUAUGUGAAACUGGUUCAGUUUGUGCUCUUACAGGAUUUAUUUGUGACAUUUAGCUCGUCCAGAAACCGUUCGGCUGACUUUUUAUAUUUUGUGCUGGCACCUUGAAGGAUGCGACGCUCGGGAGCUCCCAGUCAGCUUUUCGGUAACGCUGUGAAAAAACCUCGGUUUGUGCCACCAGGAGCGUCUGCCUCGUCUCCUGCAGCCGAAUCAAAGCCUCUAGCCUCGAAAUACGGUUUGGGGAACGCUCUGGAAAAGAUUCAGAGGAGUCCUCCCACACCGGCUGUGAAUAAACCAGCCUGCGGUGUUCAGGCUCAGCCAGGCCAGGCCGCUCCAGGCUUGUCUAAGGCGCUGGCCCGCGUCCUCAGCGCAACAGAGAGUAAAGAAAACGUGGACGAGACCAAAAACCAAGACUCUAACGAAGGCUAUACAGAGGAAGUAAAUCUCUCAGGAGUGAAUGGAAGCCCCCGGUGGACCCAUGGGUCUCCUCAAACCCCGCAGGCUCCUGCAGGCUCAGACUCUGGCUGUGGACAGGACGGCGCGCGUUACUUCAGCGUGGUCUGGUGCAAAGCCAGCAAGAAGAAACAUAAGCGCUGGGAGGGCGACGCGGUGCUGGUGGCCAGAGGGCGAUCGGUCGUGCUCAAAGACAUGGAGGGGAAGGAUAUUGGAAAGGGUAGUGGCUACAAGGUGUCAGAGCUGGCCUCGCUGUCCGAGGGAGAGACCCUCAUGAUCGGAGGGAAGCAGAUAGAGGUGAUGGGUGUCAUUUCUGCCGAGGACUUUGCCAAAGGCCGCUGCUUCCAGGAAGUCCAGACGGAUCAUGCGGAGGUGUGCGCAAAGGCUGAUCCACCUCCAUCUCGCCGCUUCAGCUCCAAACCUUUCUGCCCCCCAACAGCGUUGGGCAGAUCCGGACUCCCGAACAACAAACCACAAGUGGAACAAACCAGUAAACCUCGUCAUGACCCGUUAGCCCCAGGUGCACUGGUGAUGCCUCGGCCCUCUUCCAACCACCAGUGGCUUCAUAACCAGUCGGGUCUCCCUGUGGUCGACGUGGUAGUUGACCCACACCUGACCACGCACCUGCGACCCCACCAAAGGGACGGCAUCCUCUUCCUCUACGAGUGUGUUAUGGGCAUGAGAGCUGUAGGUCGCCACGGCGCCAUCCUGGCUGAUGAGAUGGGGCUCGGGAAGACCCUGCAGAGCGUGGCACUGUGCUGGACGCUGCUUAAGCAGGGACCUUACGGAGGGAAGCCAGUGACAAAGCGUGUCCUCGUGGUUACUCCUGGCAGCCUGGUGCAGAACUGGGGAGCAGAGUUUACCAAGUGGCUCGGCCGGGAACGCAUCAGCGUCUUCACUGUGGAUCAGGACCACAGGAUAGAGGAGUUUUUGGCGUCCCCUCUACACAGUGUUCUUGUGAUCAGCUAUGAAAUGCUGCUGCGUUGCCUGGAGCAGAUCCAGAAAGUGGAGUUUGGUCUCAUAAUCUGCGACGAGGGUCACAGACUGAAGAACAGCAGCAUCAAAACGUCCUCGGCCCUCAGCAGCCUCCGCUGUAAUCGCAGAGUCAUUCUCACAGGCACGCCGGUACAGAACGACCUGCAGGAGUUCUACGCCAUCAUAGAGUUCGUUAACCCAGGAAUCCUCGGUUCCACGACUGCUUAUAGAAAAGUGUAUGAAGAACCGAUCCUGCGCUCCAGGCAGCCAUCCUGCACCGAGGACGAACGGGUUCUAGGGGAAGAGCGCGCUGCUGAACUCUCCCGUCUCACCGGCAUGUUCACGCUGAGGCGGACGCAGGAGAUCAUCAACCGCUACCUGCCGCCUCGUCUGGACUGGACGUUGUUCUGCAUGCCGUCCCCACUGCAGCAGCAGCUGUACAGGCACCUGCUGUGCCACCGCGUCUUCAGGGCCUGCCUGCAGGGCUACACACAAGGCAGCGCACACCUGGCCUGCAUCACGGCGCUGAAGAAGCUCUGCAACCAUCCUGGUCUGCUGUACGCCGCCGCCAAGGAGCGAGCGGACCGCGUUUCUGAGGAGAGUUCGUUAUACGAGGGCCUCGCAGAUCUCUUCCCAGAAUCCUUUUCUCCGUCCCGAUUCAGCGCCUCCGACUCCGGAAAGCUUUUGGUCCUCUCCGACCUGCUGAGCGCCAUCAGACAGCUCAGCCCUUCAGACAGGGUGGUCCUGGUGUCAAACUACACGCAGACCCUGGACCUGCUCCAGGAGCUGUGCGUCCUCGCCGGCUACUCGUACUGUCGGCUGGACGGCCAGACGCCCACGAACCAGCGGCAGCGACUGGUCGACGGCUUCAACAGCCCUUACUCUCAGAGCUUCCUGUUCCUGCUGAGCUCAAAGGCAGGCGGGGUGGGACUCAAUCUGAUCGGCGCGUCCCACCUGGUGCUGUACGACAUCGACUGGAACCCCGCCAAUGACAUUCAGGCCAUGGCUCGGGUGUGGAGGGACGGGCAGAAAAAGGCUGUGCACAUUUACCGUCUCCUCACUGCAGGCACUAUCGAGGAGCGCAUCUUUCAGAGGCAGGUGUCCAAACAGGGGCUGUCGGGGACCGUGGUCGACCUCGGGAAAGCGGCAGAGCACACGAGUUUCUCCGCCAGCGAGCUGCGAGACCUCUUCAGCCUGACGGAGACGCCGUGCUUGACUCACGAUCUGCUGGACUGUAGCUGCAGCAUGGACGGGUCGGCCAACGACGUGGAGGAGGAGGAGGAGGAGGCGGCGGAGGAGGCCUCUGACAGGCCCUGCCAGCUGGGUCGUCAGGGCGUCAGGGGGGCGGCACAGAAGCACCUCAGCAUGUCCGAGCUCAUGCAGUGGAGACACUUCGCCGGUGACACGCCCACCUACUCGGACCCGUACCUGGACCGCGCACGAAGCCACAUCACCUUCGCCUUCCAGACCACCAUCUCCCACGCAGCCCAGUGAACGCCUGGCCGCACGGCAUUACCCGCCUCACGGUUCCCAGCAGCGUUGUAGUUACUCUUCAAACUUCUAAAUUGUCUUAACUUACUGUAACUUACUGUAAUAAUUCAUAAAAUAAAUGAAUUUAUUUAAAAAAAAUGUGUGCAGUCCAGUUGAUUAACGGCAUCAGGAGAGAACAUUUCUUGCUAGGGACAAAGAAUAAUAAAAGGGCGUGUCUGCUGCAGGGUUUGUAUGCAAGUGAUGAUUUAUAUCUCAUCCAGAGAUAAGAGCAAGCGAGAGACAUUUCCUUCAGUCCAACCAAAGCAGGGGUGUCCAAACUUUUCGGUACAUGGGCCAAAAUUGUCAAGUUAAGCCUUUGACCCUUUUGUAAACCAGAAAAAUUCAGUUAAUUUUUAACCUGCUUUACAAAAUAUGAUAAUUUUAAAUAAUUAGUCAGAUUUUUUGACGGAAAUGAAUGUGAAACUCAUUGUAGAUCCAGAAUUUAAAAAAGGGUCUUUGCUCGUUUGUCAUAUUAAAAGAUGGUCUUCCAGUUU